UUGAAGUAAAUAUUUUGCUUUAGGGCUUCAGGGAAAAUGGGUCGCCCAACAGGCCCACACUGAAUUGUGAUGCUGGGAGCCGUCAGAUCGGUUGAUUGCAAUGCGAUCUAACGGAUACACUCAUAUACGGCAGAAAUAGAGAAUGGCAAAGGUUUUUCUCUCUUACUCGCAGAAAGCCAUGAUCCGCCGCGCAUACAGAUCCGCUCCCGUGAUCGGCCGCGUACAGGAAUCCGUUGCCAUGUUCUGCCGUGCAAUCCGCGGAGAAGCACAAGCCCAAGCAAAAGCCAAGUCUGAAUCUGUCCAGGGGAAGAACAGCGGACAAAAUGUGAGCGUUAACGGUUGUGAUCAUUAUUUCAUGAGAUUUUGUAGAUACCUCCAUCUACAAUUUCUACCCCGAGAAUACAAAGAAUCGACUAUUACUGUGAUUAAUCUCGAAAAUGGAGACCUCAUGGUUGUAUCAGAUACAAGGAGAACCAAAAAAGUUGAUCUCGUCUCUAGAGUAGUCCAUGAUAAUGUGAACAAAGUUCAUGUUUUGAAUGGAAAUGUUGUUGUCGCUGGGGUUGGAAACAUGCAAGACUCGACAAUGGGAGCGUAUGAAAUGAAAAAUACUAUUUUCAAGAAAGGCGAAAGUCAUCUUAAGCAAGUAAUAAAUAAAGGAAUCGAAUAUAUUAAUAAUUUGACUCAUAGUACAACAUUAGGUUACUUGAUUCUUGGUGUAGAGAAUCAAAUGAGAUCUAUGUGGUAUCUUUCUUACUCAAAGAAUGACAAUGAGUAUCCGAGGAGAAAGUUGAAGGCGUAUCCACACUACCAUGCCUUUGGUUCAGGAGCCAAAUAUAUAUGUGAGUAUCUUGAGAUUUCAAUGAACCAUCCCAUCAGUAUCAAUGAGAAGACGGCACAAGCGAUAGCAGAAUUUGGACACUUAAUUGCAUCCUUGAUGGAUCCUGCUACCGGAGGGUACAUAAUGGUUCAACUUGCUACGGAAAAUGGUGUUAAAGUACUAUCCCUAAAUAAUGUACUUGCUUUGCUCCUGAAAUACUAUGAUAGACUUGAACCGCUUUUUAAAAGAUGUAUUUUCAUCGUAUAUAAAACGAAGAAGGUGUUCGAUCCGUUUGGCAAGUUCAGAUACAUUGAGCCCGAUGUCAACUUGGACGCAUUAAGGAUGUUGAUUGAGGGAAAAAAUGGAGAGAGAGGAGUGAUUUAUAUGGGACAUCCAAUGUUUGCGUUAGAGGAUAGUUACUACCUUCAGAUGGUACUAUUUGAGAAGUCGAAGUCUGUUGCCUCAGCGAUGAAGAAAGCAUUGGAUGUUUCGGUGAACUCUCUUCCAAUUGCUUCAAAUUUAGCUGGUAUUAAGUUUUUGGAUGUUGAAGGAAAGAAAGUUUACAUCAUGCCUUCAACGAAAUCCAAUUUGGCGAACAUGAAGCCUUACUUGCCUCCAAUAGACUUUAGCUUGUAAUUUGACUGUAGUCACUGUUUGAGUUUUGGGAAACAAAGUUUAUCGCUUGGAAGUAUAAUAUUGGGUAAAUUAUAUAAAACUAUUUCAACUAUUGAGUCA